GAACAGCUGAGAAGAAUAGCCCAAAUGAGGAUUGUUGAAUAUGACUACAAACCUGAGUUUGCAUCUGCAAUGGGAAUAAACACUGCCCAUCAAACAGGAAUGAUUGCCCAGGAGGUGCAAGAGGUCCUGCCCAGAGCCGUGAGAGAGGUUGGUGAUGUCACCUGUGAAAACGGAGAGACGCUGGAGAACUUCCUCAUGCUCGACAAGGAAAGAAAGAACAUGAAUUAUUUCUGGCCUACUGGAUCCACUUAGUGCCAGCAAAUUUGAGUUGGAGGAAUCAGAG